AGAACCUUUCAGUGAACAGUUCCUAAAUGAACCAUUUUGAAGAACAUUUUAAAAAUCUAAAGAAACUUUUUCUACUAAAAAAAACCUUUUCUGCAUUUGAAAGGUUCCAUGUUCAGGUUCUUUAUAGAAGCAUAUAAGAAUUCCGCACCUGCUUAGACAGCUACAGGAAGCAUUGUGCGCAGGGUUGAUGCAUGCAUGCUAGUCGAUCGCUCUGCACGCGCAUCUCCAAUUGCCAAGCGCGUGCACUCAGUGAGAAUGGGUGAUUCACCGUACACUGCGCCCUGACCGGCUCCUGACCGGGGGCCCCGGGAAUCGCAAAGCUCGCCUAAUCACUUUCUCUCGUACCUUUCUGAAGAAGUAGUAUGGAGUUACGUCACAGCAGCGCGCAAAAGUGCAUGCCAAGCAAAUAAGCCGCUGUGGAGCUAUUUGUAGGCAUUGCUGCCAAACCCGGGUAAGGCCGCUCACUCAUCUGCGAUCAGUGCUUUAAACCUGCUAUAGCACUGGAAUCAGCAUGCAUUAUUUUUUCGAUUUAUUCUGGAAUGAUUGUGUUUGGAGAACUUGACCUGGAUCGACCGGCGGCCGGUGCGCGCAACAACGCAAUUAGAUCCAAUUCAAAACUUCACAUUCACAGACAAUCCGAAGCGUGAAGGAGCGCGACAUGAUGACGAUUCUGCAUGUUUCAGCAGAGAGAUUGUUACUUUUUAUCAUCACUUUUGAUUAGAUCUUUUUCGUCGACUUCUUCUUUGUGAAAUCACAAUGCCACACACUCGCAACAGGAACCCCAGUCCGAUCCCAGAGGUGACAUGGGACACGGGGUUGAAAGAGAUGAACGAGACCUGGAAGGGGGCUAUUGCUUGCUUGGGAGUUGCUGUCUUUUUUGUCAUGACAAUUGGGAUCAUUUAUUGGCAAGUUGUGGAUCAGCCCAACAAGAACUGGAUCCUGAAGGGGAGCUUUAGUGGGCUUAUUUGGGAGAGACGGACGCAAACUCUGGUCAUACAGACACUGACUGAGGACAAGACAUUUGCGGAGAUAGACGUGGAGAACGUGGGGAACACCGAUAUCGAGGUUCCGUUCGUGAGGAACAUGUGCUGGCUUAACAAAACCGAGUUCUGCUACACUUGGGAUUCGGUCGCAGAGGUGAGGAUCUCUUUGGACUCAUCAGAGGAGGACUCAGAUACCGAGUGUUACAGUGUAACCUGGACUCCAAUCCACUGUCAUGUGGACCUGAAGGACUGUUUCUCCAUGGUGAAUAUUUCGUGGUACGGAGGUGCCAGUGUCCAUGCACCCCACUGGCCAAUAAACGAUGCCAACAUUUCCAUGCAGCCCUUCACAGUCAGUGACCUUAGGGACAACCCUUCUGGCUUCGGAUCAGUUUUGGAACGCUACUUCCUGGGAUCCUCAGGUGUGUCAGUUCUAGUGGCCCCGAACAUCCCGCUUCAUGUAGGAAUGGAGAGCAGACAGCAGUUCUGUUUGCAGACGCCGCCCAGUAUGGAGCGCAUGCCACUGCAGUACACCGUGUGUGUUGGACACAACAUUCGAGCCGUCCAUCAGGAGUCAAUGCAGCAGCUCUCCACAGCCAGGCGAGAGCUGCCAAACAUGGAUGUCUUACGGCUGCCUUUCUGGAAGCUUCUAGCAAACGUGGACUCAGGGGCCAAGCUAGAGCGAGAGCUGAGGACCUUCUCAAACCGGCUGAAGCGGCAUCACCUGGGGGAGGGAGUCAUCAGCCUCGACGAACAUUCCACUGCUCUCCUCGCCAACAUGGACCACAGCUACCUCAAUAGCAAGAAAAGGACGUCUAAGAGACAGACGAGGGACCUCCCUUUUGUAAAGCUUCUGAACAUUUCCAUCACCCUGUCCCCGUACCUGAGUGUGGACUCGCAGCAGUUCCAGACCUCCAUUCAAGAAGGCAUUGAAGACUACUGGCUGAGUCUGCCCACAGGACCACAGGGCCGGCCGGUGCCUCUGUUGACUCAGUGGAAAGGAAAGUACAGUGUGAAGCUCAACAUCACCAACCCAGAAGCCACGAAUUGGUUUCUGGACAAAGUGGACAGUUUACAUAGCCAUUUGGGCAUGGAGUAUGUCAUCCUGGAAGGCGGUGAGGGAAACCCUUUCGAGGAACAGGCCCUGCGCCCCCCUCUGGCAUGGAUUGGGGAUGAAUACAUUAGACUUCUGGCUGACCUGGCAGAGAGGAUAGGGGAAAAUACCAUUGUGACCUCAGGAACAAGGUAUUUGACUUAUUGCUUUGUUUUGACUUAUAUAGUUUGUCGUUUAGAUUGGAGUUUAUUUGUACUGAAGGGCAUCAUUCCAUCCCUGCUGCAUCACAGUCUUCUGGGAUAUAAUUUCUUCAUUCCUGAUGCAGUAGGAGGCUCUCUCUCUGCCGAACUGGUUGCCGAUGACGAGCUUUUCGUGCGCUGGCUUGGAAUCGCAGCGUUUCUUCCUGUCAUCAGCUUUCAGACACCUCCGUGGGUCUUUGAGAAGGAAUGGGUCCUAAACCUCACCAGAUUCUACAUAGCCAAGCACCAUGACUUUGUCAUUCCUUUGAUACUGAAAUACACAGAGGAAUGGCAAGAUACUGGAAACCCCAUCUACAGGCCGCUGUGGUGGCUCAGUCCAAAUGACCUGAUUACAUUUACCAUUGAUGAUGAGUUCCUCAUUGGAAAUGAGGUCCUUGUUGCACCGGUUACUGAAAAAGGAGCUUUACAAAGAGACAUAUACCUCCCGGAGAGUGACUUUCAGUGGCAGGACACUAACAAUGCUCAAGUGUUUGAUGGAGGGACGUUUCUGGAAAAGUAUCCGGUUGGCCUUGGGGACGUGGCGGUUUUUGUACAAAGGAGAUCCUGAGGCUUAUUUAGCGCUUUUUUCUAUUUUUGAAAUUUUCACUUGUGCUGAUCUCAAAUUGCACUUUCCAUAAAGACCAUUAUCUGAGUCUCAAGGAAUCUUGAGAUUAGGUAGAAGAUCAUUUGCACUUUAAAAAUCAAAGUGGUUUAUAUUUUCUCAUGAUUUUUAGAUCCCUCUUGUUUUCUCCGCUACAUGUUUUAAUUUGUACAUUUUUUUGGACAUUUUUCUUCAGAACGCAGUUUACAUUUGAUAGCCUCUUACAGCCUCUUGUAAUCAUGAUAUGGAGCUAGAGAUCAAAUUCUUUGCUUAAGAACAAUCAAUGGAAUUUUAUGAAGACCAAACAAUCGAAAAAAAGUGCAAAAUUGAGAAAGACUUUACAAGGAAAAACCAAUGCGCUAAAUGGAUGAAGAUGAAGAUACGCUAAACAUCACUCAUCUCAUCUCAGUGGGGUUUUUACUUGAACUUUGCUGAAUAUUUGCUGUAGUUUUGUAAUAUUUUACCUGUACCUCAAGUUCUCAUGGUGUUUUCGACGUAUAUUUUUCGUCAUGAACUGUGAGAAAAGCACUUACUGAUAGAGAAGACUGAAACUGAGGGCUUUUAGAGUGAAUAGCACAAUUAUUUUUGUCUACAAAACAAGAAUAUUGAAGAUCAAUCAUUAGUAGUAGAAUAUGAGCCAAUGCCAAACAAAAUGUUCACAGCUGUACAGUCUUAGUUGAAAUGCAACACACAACAAUGGACAAACUGUUAUUUCAUAAUGGUUGUUUUUAAGAUUUUAAUAUUAUGCUGAUUUUAAUAAUUAUUUGUUUAGCUUCUUACAACUGACCAGAUUAACCAAUAUGGUAUUUCUAGAUUUCUAUAGAAGUAAUUCAUAGGACAUUAUUGAAGGUAGAAUUAGAGUUUCGUAUUUAUAUCAAUUCAGAUUAAACUUGAUCAUUCAUUGCCUUAACUUUAGAAAUAUUUUGACGACUGUAUCUGUAUUUGUACAUUUUAUCCCAUGAAAUGUAGUUACUGAUUGUUAUAAAGCUGAAUUCAGCCAUUACAAAUAAUUUGGGAUAACAAAUGUAGAUUUUUCACAGCCCGGGGGCAACUGUUGUCCUGUAGAAUUGUGGUUUAACGAGUCUGGGCAAAAUACAUAUGCAUUUUAUAAAUAUUUGCUAGAGGUGAUGUAUGGCAAGCUGUUUUAAAUUUAAUCUAAAACAUAUUACAGUGUAGUUUCAUGCUACUAGUGUUUUUUUUUUUUUUUUUAUAUUUUUUUUUU